AAAGUGAAUGUCGAUAUGCACAAUGUGUUGCAGAACGCCACCAUGAUUGUAGAGAUCCUGCUCUUCGUGGUGGGAGUGAUUCUGCUUCGCUAUUGGAUUUCCAGACCCCGGGGAAUGCCACCUGGUCCUAUGGUCAUACCAUAUCUUGGCUCCAGGCUCAUCUUCACUGUCAGCCAAGUGCAGGCGAUGCACAAGAUAUACGGCGACAUAUUCAAAUCUGAAAUAGGGUCACACAAGUUGAUAUUCUUGUGCAGUAACAAACUUAUCAAAGAAGCUUUAGCGAAGAUGGACUUCGCUGAUCGACCACGCCUUGAAGUGGCUCACUUUCUCACCGACGGCCAAGAGGCAGGUGUCAUAAUGAGCAACGGCAAGCGAUGGCAGAACGCUCGGAGAUUCCUGCUGCGCAACCUUCGUGAUCUCGGGAUGGGAAAGACCUACCUGGAGGAGAGCAUCCUGGUGGAGGCCAGAGCGCUGGUCAAGGACUUCAGAUCCUGCGCAGGGGACGCCGGCUCACAUUGUAGGCGCUACGAUCUCCACGACAAGGAGGUGCUCGAACCCAUCGCCAUCUUGAGGUCCAUCGACUCGUCCUCCUUGGCUGCAAUCGUCGAAUUUUUUCCUGGUGUAAAGAAACUUCUUCCCGGAUUCUUACAGGAGAAGUUAUUUGCAGCGCAAAUGAAGAGACUGAAGGACAGCAUCGUAGAUUUACUGAAGGACUCAAUAGAUUCUCACAGUGCCACACUCGAUCCGGCCAACCCGCGUGACGUUAUUGAUGAAUAUUUAAUAGCCAUGGACGAAAAGAGUGAAAUUGCUGAGUACUUCAGUGAGCUGGAUCUGAUGAGGAUCAUCUUCGACCUGUUCGCCGCGGGCUUUGACACGACGGCCAAUACCCUGCGCUGGAUCAUCCUCUACAUGGCCAGGUUCCCCGAAGUGCAGAGUCGCGUCCAACAGCAGAUCGACGAGGUUGUUCCGCGCGACACCUUGCCCUCAUACCAGCACAAGAGUCGGCUGCCGUUACUCGAAGCGACGAUCCAGGAGGUUCUUCGUGCGUCGUCCAUGAUUCACAACGGAGUCCAACGCGCAGCUCAGACUGAUACUUACCUGGCUGGCUACUUCAUUCCGAAGGGGUCGUGGGUGUUUGGGUGCUCGGGAAUAUGCCACAUGGACGCACGCUACUGGGAAGAACCGCAGGAGUUCCGACCCGAGCGGUUCCUCGACCAGGAAGGGAAAGUCAAAACGCCAAAGGAGGGAUUCAUCCCCUUUGGUGCAGGACGAAGGGGCUGUCUUGGAGAGGCUCUGUCAAGGAUGGAAUUGUACAUCUUCACGGCAGCCCUUCUGCAGAACUUCACCUUUCUCUCCUCCAGCGGGCGUCGAGGUGGACCUAGAAGCCAACUCCAAGCAACCCUCUGCACGUCUGUCUAAAGAACAAAAUAUUGUCAUUAGUAUCAGAGAUAACCUACUGGAUGUGAACUCCUGUUAGCUUAUAUUUCAAGAUUUUGUUCUACAUUUCUGUAGUAGAUUUUUUCUCAACAUUUCUAUGUAACAUACUCUGAUAUUAUUGGCAUUCUGAACUUUGUGUUACUUUUCGUAAUAUAUUAUCAUAAUUAUGAAAAUUAUUCAUGUUGACAAAUGGAGAAAAGGUAAGAAUGAGAAUUAAUAUCUGCACAAUCGAAACCGAUCAAAUAUAUCUCUUGUGUUGUGAAGAUAUUCGUUCUCAUUUAUGUUUUUUCUACCUAUUAUAAUUAACAUAAGAAAAGAAUCACAUUCUGUAGUGCAGAAUAGGUUUAGGUUUACUCUCUGAUUUGAUAUGUAUAACAGAAAUACUUUGUUUAGUACUGUCGUAUUGUCAGAAAAAAACUCGUUAUCUUUACUUGUUGUCAAUGAGGAGCUGAGUAUUAUUUUCCUUUUAAUCAACACGCUCUAAUAUUACAAAACAUUUUAUAUAAUCAUAAAGAAAUGUAUGCUAA